AUGGACCCCGGCUUGGACGGCAAGAUCUCAGAGGAGACCUUCAGCGGCCGCGGUGGAGAAGGCGCCGGCUUGAGAUCCGAGGAGUCAGACGCCGACAAGAGUUUCAGUGACGAGGAUCUACAGGAUGACGAGGAGACUGGGCUCACAAAAAAGGACCGGAAGAGGAGGCGCGCAAAGAAGAGGAGGAAUCAGAGGCUGGAUAACAGGAUCGCCAGAAAGAACAUCUCGGAUGAGGAGAGGAGAGAAGCAGACCAGAACGUCGCACGGAAAAUCGCCAUAAAUUGCCUGCUCAUUGGACUAUGGUAUAUAUUUUCAUUAUCUAUAUCUCUGUAUAACAAAUGGAUGUUUGACGCAAAGAACCUCAACUUUGCCUUCCCCCUAUUUACAACAUCAGCGCACAUGUUGGUACAGUUUUCCCUUGCGGCUCUAGUGCUGUACUUCAUGCCCUCCUUACGACCGGGAGCCGGGCAGAACCUGAGGCAUGAUUCCGAUCCCGAUCGGCCGCUCAUGACAAAAUUAUUCUACUUGACACGGAUAGGACCUUGUGGCGCCGCCACGGGCUUGGAUAUUGGAUUGGGAAAUGCGUCGCUGAAGUUCAUCACGCUCACAUUUUACACCAUGUGCAAAUCCUCUUCUUUGGCUUUCGUCCUUUUGUUCGCCUUUCUUUUCCGCCUCGAGACACCAACCUGGAAACUUGUAGCCAUUAUCGGUACAAUGACGCUGGGCGUUGUUAUGAUGGUUGCUGGCGAGGUCGAGUUCAAGCUCAACGGCUUUUUCCUUGUCAUCUCAGCCGCCUUCUUUUCCGGUUUUCGCUGGGGUCUUACGCAGAUCCUGCUUCUGCGGAACCCCGCGACCUCGAACCCCUUUUCUAGCAUUUUCUUCUUGGCGCCAAUCAUGUUCCUCACCUUGAUCGUCAUCGCCAUUCCCGUGGAGGGCUUUCCGCAGCUCAUCGAAGGCCUGAAGGCAUUGAGCGAGGCUUGGGGACCCGUUCGCGCGCCACUGAUCUUGAUCUUCCCCGGAACUAUCGCUUUUCUAAUGACAGCGUCCGAGUUUGCACUACUCAAGCGCAGCAGCGUCGUUACGCUGUCUAUUGCAGGUAUCUUCAAAGAGGUUGUCACCAUCAGCGCUGCGGCUCUGGUUUUUAACGACAAACUGACGGCCAUUAACAUCUCUGGCCUGUUUGUGACGAUAGCGGCCAUCGGCUGCUACAACUGGAUCAAAUUCACAAAGAUGAGGAAUGACGCUCAGGUAGAAGCGCAUAACAAGCAUGGAUAUCAACAAGCAGAGAGCGGCUCAAGCAGCGACUUGAGUGACGGCGAGGAGGAAGAGAGCGGGUUGCUGGCGCAUAGCGAAGGGGAGGACAUGCUCACGACGGACGGUGAUAGUAUUCCGAAGCCGCACGCUGAGGACGGUAGGUCGCCAAAGGUCGGUGAGAAUGUCCAUUGA